AAUUAAUUAAUUUCGUCAUCUAAUUUUAUUUCUUUAAUUUCACUCUCUCUUUGUGAAGUUGUAACAGUCGCAUUCGGGUGGUGUCCCCCGCCAUAUAUAGUUCCUUACAUAUAUAUAUACAGACGUAGCAUCACCUCCUUACGGUUGUUACAAAAAGAAUUACUACAAUAAAUAUCGAAAUUACGAAAACAAAAAAGAAAAAAAAAGAUUUAAAUUAUUAGGGGUUGUUUUUAUUUAGAUCAUUGGAUUAUUCAUCGAUUAUGGGUUUUCUUCACAAAUUGUGGGAUGAUACACUUGCUGGACCUGCACCAGAUUCAGGCCUAAGCAAACUCCGCAAGUUUAAUACUUUCUCUGGCCGUACUGCCUCUAGUGCUCCGUCGUCCCCCACCAAGUUUCGCCACCACAACGCCGUCGCCGUCGCCGUCGAUAGUGAUAAUCCGAUCCCGAUUUCCCGGAGCAUUACGAUUCUCCGCAGCAAUUCAACUUCUGCAUCACGAAGUGUCAACGCUACGCCUGAUUCUGGAUCUGCACCAUCUUCCCCUGCUACUUCUAGCGCUCCCACUUCCCCAUUUGCACCAAGUUCACCACGGAGGUAUUACAAAAAGCAACCGAAGGGAAAAACAAACAGGGAACGAUCUCCAAACUAUGAUUGGAUCGUGCUGAGUGCUUGGGAUCGUUGACGAGAUAGAUCAAUUGAAAAAACAACUUUUUAUGUGUGUGAAGAAAUGACUGCUAAAGGCCGUGCACAAACAAACUGAUAGAGAUCUAGGUUACGUUACGGGCUGCUAAUCGGAUUUCCAAUGUUGUUGUGCAUAUAUAAUUAUUCUGUACAUAUUUGUUUCUAGAUAUAUAUAAUACUAGUAUAUAUAUAAUA